GUUUCAGAUAAACCGGCCUCGAGCGAUGCUCAUAUUAAAAUGAGUUUUUAAUCCUUUGCCAGACAAAAAAGGUUUGUUUUAUUUUAAAAACUGGAAAAAGACUUAUUCAUAUUUUAUUUUAUAUGACGAUAUUGAUUUAUAAGUUUGUAAAUUUUAUGUAUAAACAUAAUUACAUAAACCGACUAUGUGAAAUUAAUGUUAGGGCAAAUGAAACGAUGUAUUCCUUUCACUAUUAUUACUUACUAUAAUCAUUAUACAUAUUAUUUUCUCUUAACGACCGCAACUCUAAUACAAGAUGUUAAAAUUAAAAUGCAGGUAGUACGUUCAACUAAUUGAUGAAAAUAACUAUUACUUUUGUAUUUAUCUACUUAACAAAUAGUAAAUCCUCCUCAUGGUGACGAUGAGUCAUAAUCCCUUAGAUUUAAAGACUCUUGUUGUAUUUUAAUAGAGAGAAAAAAAUAGUACAUGAUUGAGCAAAUACAACACAAAUAUUAUACUUUUUCAGUUCUCACUGAACACUUUCGAAGUAAUAAAAAGUAAUUUUAACGAACGCAACAUUAUUAUGUUUCGUAUUAAAUUCAGAGCAGGUUUGUGAUGAAUUUGUCGCACACCAUUAUCUUUUAUUUUGAUGGCAAAUUUAACAACCGUUGCACCAUUUUAAUUAAGCCUAGCCAAUUUUUAUUUCAUUUUAAUUUUAAUUUUCACAUCCUCUGUAACAUGAGUAGAUUAAAAAUAUUGUUUUUGAUAGGUGCUUGCUUUCUACAAUGUAAAGGGAGAGAACCAUUCAAGCCUGCCCACGGAUCUCUUCCCUUUUUAGUUUAUUUUCCAUCACGCUACCGAGGCCUAUGCGUUGGCACCCUGGUGUCCAGGGUGACUGUGCUAACAGCCGCUGUAUGUGUGACCAGCCCGGUCGCUGAUGUCAAGGAUACCAGACCCAUCAAUGUCGUCACCGGAGCUACGUACAGGCAUCCACGCCGUGGCAUUCGAGUUCAGGUCACUAAGAUACUGGUACCAAACCUUUCAAAACUCGCUUCAAAUAACAGGGGUUAUUUGAUGUCAAAAUCGGUAGCAUUGCUGCUUCUUAAGCGAAAAGUUCCUGACGUGCUAACGGAAAUACCAUUGAGACCCCUUGACAUAGAUUAUAAGGGCGAAGAGGUGUUGAGUCUGCAGGAAGAAUGUCUCAUGCCCGGUUGGCAUUUCUUCUAUAAGGGGGAUAAGAUCUACCCUGUCCACAAAUUUCUUCUGCAAAGAAACGUGCGGGUUCAAUUCCUGAACAUAGUGAAGAAGACCCUGUGGUGUGAAGCAUUGACCAUAAAAUUCCAGAAAGCUCUGAGUAACUUGGGAUUCCUGGGUAUGUUCGACAAAGGCGCCUGUAUCUGCGUAAGAGAUCCUGACCGAUUAGCGCAGCCGUGUCAUGGAAUGUACGGCGCACCUCUUGUCUGUCGGGGUAGAGGGGUGGGCAUGAUGAUGGCUCCAGAUGCCCAGUGGACCAACUGUACAGGAUUCAGUAACGUCAUUCACCUAUUCUCAAGUAAUUACCUCAAGGAAUUUAUGGAUUGCGUUAGCAGUCUAUUUGUGAUGGAAGAUAAGCCGAACUGGGCCACAAUGAAAAAGCAAUUGUAUGAGGACUUCAAAGAAAACACAUACGAUUACGUCCCGGAGAUAUACGACAGAAUCACCAGCUCCAGCGCAUCUACAGACGAGCUCUAAAUAAUACUAUGUUCAUAGAUAAAUAAGGUAACGGAUGCGUCAAUAUAUGUUUGUAAUAAAAUAAAAUAAUGGUUCUUCGUUUCAUAAAAGUAACAGUUAUAGUUUAUAAAUCAUUAAGGCCUAAUUUUACACAACCUAAAUGUAACAGCCGUAACAUCGUAUCGCGUAGUUCGUAGCGCGCAGCAAUAUUUUCCCGCUAUUAUGCCCGUAGACACGACAUGCAUACCGUGAAAUGAACUGAAUGAAUAAGUCGCACGGAAAGAGUUGUAUUAUAUUCAUCAAAUAGGCUUGAAAUAAAAACGUAAUCAAUGUUUUCUAUUUUCUAGUAAAAAAUGGCCAAAUAUGGGUAAGGUAUAGUUGGUAACUCUGUAACGCCAGUUAAAUUCGCGGUUAGAACGCCUAUGAGAUUAUUAUUAGCGGGAAAACUACACGCCACCAGCUACUUGCUACGAGAUCCACGCUACGAACUAUGCACUACGAGCUAUGAGGUCCACGCUACGAACUAUGCACUACGAGCUAUGACCUAAGAGCUUUGCGGUACGAGCUGUGCAUUACAGGAUAUGUGCUAAGUGCUACAGGCAACCCGAUACCGGCAGCAGGCUACGGACUACGCGUACGCGCUACGAACUACGCGUGACUUUUACGAACUACGCGCUACGUGGUACGGAUUACACGCUAAGCGCUACGGACUUAGUAAAAUGUUUCUACAUGAAAUCUAAUAACUUUUUGAUUGUCAUGACCAUAUAGUUGUGGCAAUAUUUUACAUUAAAACGCGUGUUUUGCUUUUUAUUGUAAUAAAGUGGUUAGAUACUGUCUCUGAAAUAUAAUCCCAAACUCCAUGGUUAUAUGAAUUACUAGACCUUACCAAAUGGGAGAUAGUUUAUUUGUUUUAAUAAUAAUUACGGAAAUUCAGAAAAGACAUCUAUGACAAUGAAUGAAUAGGCGUAACAGAUAUUCGAAGAUCAAAACGUAAAGGUUAAAAUAGGAAAAAUCUCCAAAUUACAACUGAUACGUGCAGAACCAUCUUUUACUAGAUAAACUUAAACACUACAACAUACUGGGUAGUACCUAGUUUGUGAAUGUCGCCCCAUGAACCACAUUUCAAGUAGCUAGUUACAUUCUAUAUUCAGAGAUGGCGCUGUAUCGUAAUAACAGACAGGGGUUAAUGAGACCUUGAGGCAUCAUAAAAGCGAGUACUGCUAAAAGACGAUGUAUUUGUUAAAUGUUUUGGUUUUUACAAUUACAAAUGACAAUAAAAUUCGGGUAUCAAUUGCAUUGCGAAAGGGAUUGGCACUUGAAGAGAACAUCUAAAAAAUAAUCGCAGCCAAGUUCUUUAAAUAUUUUAAAGUCUACAGAAUCCUGUAGUUUCUUAUUUUGGAGGGCAUAGUGUAUCUGAAACUCAGA